AUGUUGCUCACGAAAUAUUUCGCCCUGAUGGCCGCGGCCUUUGCGGCUCAAGCCACUGCCCUCGCUGCCUUCUCCACCGUCUCAGACGCUUUAGAUGACUUCAAGCCCAUCAGCACUUCUAUCGAAGACCUUUCACAGAGGAUUGACAGGUCGCCAGGAGGUGUUACCGAGCUUAUGUCUAUCACCAAUGACGUUUACGAUACCUGUGACAAAGUUAAAAGGGGGCGGGCUAAGAUUGACGGCAUGGCUCCUUUUACCGAGCAAGAUGAGAUUGAAGGAAGACCUUUGAUUCGACGAAUGUUUGCUGGCCUGGCAUUUGGUAUGGAUGCCACUUCUAGGAAGGUUCCUUAUAUUAAAGCUGUUCCUGGCGGUACUCUUGUUGCCAGACGUGCGGCAAACCGUAUUAUGAAGGAGAAGACAAGAAUCCAGGAUACGCUUCAAAAGAAAAGCUCGGCUGCAGGGUUUGCUGAGUUUAAGCCAGAUAUUGACAACUUCGACAAGAAAUUUGAGGCUUUGAUGGCUAAACUCUAG